CGACUCUAGCCCUCCCUCAAAACCCAGCAAGCGGCCUCUUAUUUCGCGACCUCUUUCUCGACCUUCUUCAUACUGUUACUGAUUUCUUAAUCUUUGAUCUGCUAUUUUGAUCAUUGCGUGUUUGUACAUUAUUUGUUCCGUCGACCUCUUACAAACUCCAAAACAUAUCUUCUCGCGUGCCCCCACCAGACAAGGUACCGCGUCGAGACGCGGUUGCAGGAUCUUUCCACCACAACUUCAAUUACCAGAGGAAAUCCCGAUCUUGGGAAGAAAACCGUGAACAUGAUGGAAGAGAGUCCAUCCAAAGUUAACAUGCUUCCAACACUACCCCCAGUGGCCGGCGUGAAGAGGCCUGCUCCUUCCCUGCUGCCAGCUUUCGAGCCACUAUCCUCCUCGCCUGGCUUCCCACGACCAGCGAAACGUCAAGCACUCUACUCUCCUUCUCAGCGAAAUGCAUACUCGAAGUAUCCUACUCCGGUCCCAACUUCCACCACCGGUAUCUUGUCCUCAUCUCCGCCGAGGGUCCAAAACAAGCCAUCGAUCCAACGACGCCAAUCCAUGCACUCCGAGCGAGCACCACUUUCCGCUGUCCCAACCGUCGUCCUUCCCGAAAAUGGUGACGAGUUCCUCAUGGGAAGAUCGAGCAAUUCCUCGCAAUACCAGCUCUCGGCCAACAAGCUCAUCUCGCGAAUCCACGUCAAAGCGCGUUUUAUUGCCGCGACUUCAUCCCUGGGAACAAGCAAGGUUGAGAUAAUAUGCAAUGGCUGGAAUGGAAUGAAGGUGCACUGCCAUGGACGCAGCUGGGAUCUGGCGAAGGGUGACAGCUUCACAUCGGAAACAGAAUCCGCGGAAAUAAUGCUGGAUGUUCAGGAUGCACGCGUUUUCGUCGCGUGGCCUCGACGCCGCCAAGCUGCUUCGGAAACCACUUCCGCUUGGGAUGAACUGGACUCUCCGAGGAGACAGGGUGCUUUGGUCGGACUGGGCGUGGCUAUGCCAUCGAGCCCCUUGAGAAUGGGACAACGCCUUGUGUCGCCUGAAUCGCCGACUCCAGCAGGCAAUGCCGCCAGUGGUAAUCUGCCAAAUAUUUUCUCCCAAAGCCACUCCACCAACGCCACAGUCGAGGUCUAUGAAGACGCAAGCUCCGAUGUAGAGCCAGAGGUCAAGCUGCAAUCGUCACAGGAAUUCGAGCCAUUUGCAGACUUGAGCGCCAGUCAAUCGAGCGAGUUGAGCGAGGCUAGCGAGGAGGACCCGGAUGAGGAGAACGAUCCAAUUGUACACUCUUUCGGUCCCUUCGGUGCGAAUAUCUCUUCAAGGAUGGCUGCUUUCACUGCGGGUGAGACGCCACAACUCGAAUCUGGCCGCGCAUCCCAAGCAUCGUCCGCUGCAUCCUCUCCCUCCCCAGAAAAACGCUCAGAAUCCGAAUCCACCAAUAAUGCUGAGCCAAAGCCAUUCGUGAACCAUGUAGUCAACCAGCUCGCCUUCUCCCGCCUGUCCUCGACGCCACUGUCCGUCAUCCUCAACAACUUACCUUCGGAUUUGAGGGGUAUCAGUGAUUCGCACCCAGAGAACAAGGGCCUGACCAAGGAAGAACUCCACCGAGCUCUCACAGCAACGACCUGCAUCGGCGAGAUUCACCGUGAAGGAAAGGAUGCUGCCGGAAAACAACUGGAGAGCGAAUACUAUUACAUCCCAGAUGAAGAUGUGGAUGAGAGCCGUAGAGCUGCUGUUGUUGAUGGGCUGAGGAAGCCGUCGUUGAGAAACUGCCGUAAAUCACACAAGCAAUAUUACUGGAAGAAGCCAAGAACGCCAUGAUUGAAAGCAAGUGAAUGCUGCAUAUUUCGAGCGGCAACCGAUCCGACUUACUGUAUAUGAAAUAUGGCACCUACGCCAGAACCCUUACCGUCAGAGUUUAUAUUACCACACCAAGCUGCAUAGCCAAGGAGUUUUUGUUUGAUUUUUUUAUUUCCGUUUGCGCGCGAGUCAAUACCAUGGCGGCGGUGGUCUCUCCAAUAAUCGCAGGUGUAGGCGGACAUUAGUUACUUGAGAGUAACUCUUGUAGAAAGAAUAGGGGGUCGAAUUCAAAGAGAAAUUCCGAUGAAAACCGAUGACUUGAUGAUAUAAAUGAGUGACUUGGGAUGGCCCUUUAACGUUGUUGUGAGAAAAAGACGUUUCCGUUUGCUGGUUGCGCUAAAACGUUAUGGGAAAGCUCUUAUCGGCUUCCCACGCUUAUCGAAGAAAGUUCCCCGCACUAGAUGG